ACAAAAAGUUCGGAGUCAAAGCCAGGAUUAAUGGAGCCUUGGGCAUAACUCUGAAUUUGGUGAAACAAAACCUCCAAAACUCCAAGCUGAUUUUACCUUGUCUGCAGCUGCUGCGGGUUUAUUCCAGUAACUCUGUCAAUGCUGUGUCCUUGGGUAAAAAUGGUGUUGUGGAACUUAUGUUCAAGAUUAUUGGUCCUUUUAACAGGAAGAACACAAGUCUUAUAAAAGUCUCAUUGGACGCACUGGCAGCAUUGCUGAAGAGCAAAACCAAUGCCAGGAGGGCAGUGGAUAGAGGAUACCUUCCUGUUCUUCUCACCGUCUAUAUUGAUUGGCAUAGACAUGACUCAAGGCAUCGGCAUGUGCUUAUCCGCAAAGGGAUUUUAACCUGUAUCAAGAAUAUCACAAGUAUCAAGUUGGGCAGGAAAGCUUUCGUGGAUGCCGAAGGGAUGAAAAUCUUGUAUAAUUCCUCUCAAGAUUGCCUUUCGGUGAGAACCCUGGAUCCGCUGGUCAAUAUCUCUAGUCUCAUCAUGAGAAAAUGUUUCCCUAAAAAUCGGCUUCCUAUUCCAACCAUCAAAAGUGUCUACCACUUCCAGUUACCAGUAAUCCCAACAAGUGGUCCUGUAGCUCAACUGUAUAACUUACCUCCUGACGUUGAUGAUGUUGUAGAUGAAAGUGAUGACACCGAUGACACUGAAAUAGAAACAGACAAUGAAAAUGAAAAUGAAGAUGAAGAAAAAGAUGAAAACAAGAAGGUGCUGGACUCAUUUUGUUUGCAAAUUACAUGAAUUUUAGAUCAACACCAA